UAAGCAAACAUGUUUUCUCUAGAAAGAAUCAUGCCUGCUAAUGACACGUGUACUGCACUAGAUGCAGACAACACAGAUUUUCGGUACUUUAUCUAUGCAGUGACAUACACUGUCAUUCUUGUGCCAGGUCUCAUAGGGAACAUAUUAGCCUUGUGGGUAUUUUAUGGUUAUAUGAAAGAAACCAAAAGAGCUGUGAUAUUUAUGAUAAACUUAGCCAUUGCUGAUUUACUUCAAGUUCUUUCCCUGCCACUGAGGAUCUUUUACUAUUUGAAUCAUGACUGGCCAUUUGGUCCUGGCCUCUGCAUGUUCUGUUUCUACUUGAAGUAUGUAAACAUGUAUGCAAGCAUCUAUUUCUUGGUCUGCAUCAGUGUGCGACGAUUUUGGUUUCUCAUGUACCCCUUUCGCUUCCAUGACUACAAACAGAAAUAUGACUUGUACAUCAGCAUUGCUGGCUGGCUGAUCAUCUGCCUUGCCUGUCUACUCUUCCCUCUCCUCAGAACCAGUGACGACACCCCAAGCAACAGAACCAAAUGCUUUGUGGAUCUUCCUACCAGGAAUGUCAAUCUGGUCCAGUCAGUUGCCAUGAUGACCAUUGGCGAGUUGAUUGGGUUUGUUACUCCUCUUCUGGUUGUCCUAUACUGUACCUGGAAGACAGUUUUAUCACUGCAAGAUAAAUAUCCUGUAGCCCAAGAUCUUGGAGAGAAAAAGAAAGCCUUGAAGAUGAUUCUAACCUGUGCAGGGGUAUUCCUGAUUUGCUUUGCACCUUAUCACUUCAGUUUUCCUUUAGAUUUCUUGGUCAAGUCCAAUGAAAUUAAAAGCUGCCUAGCCAGAAGGGUAAUUCUAAUAUUUCAUUCUGUGGCCCUGUGUCUUGCUAGUCUGAAUUCCUGCCUUGACCCAGUCAUAUACUAUUUCACCACUAAUGAGUUCAGAAGACGGCUUUCAAGACAAGAUUUCCAGGAUAGCAUCCAACUCCAUACAAAGUCCUUUGUGAGCAGCCAUACAACUUCUACCAUGGCAACUGAAUUAUGCUAAAUAAUUUUUUAAAAAGUUAAUGUGGCCUGAAAUGCAAGUACAACAGAACACAUUUGCAAUACCCCAAGCCACAGGGAAGUACUCACAAGAAGCACCCACAGCUUUUCAGUUAUACUUUAUCUCAUACUUUAUCUUACCUAUAUGGGGAUUUCACAUCUUCAUAAUAUGACCUGCUUGGAGCAUUAUGCUCCACCAUCACUGAUGCUGACAUGUCCAUGUAGUAAUUUCUUA